AAAGCUGUGAGAUAAGGCAAGUGCACAGCUGUACGAGUUGAAAUGUGAAUACCGUUCCAGAAGGAAGCAGAAUAGUUAUUUGAGAGUGAUCUUUUAUUUUGUUUAUCAUUCGAUACAACUCCUGCUGGGCAGCAGGUUGGUGUAGUAAGUGAUAAGAUCGAUCCUGAAAUUAUACGAGAUGAAAAUACGAAAUCUAUUGCUUCGCAUUUUCAUCGGCGCAGUUUGUUUGUUGGUAUUCAAUGAGUUCUUCGUAUAUUAUCUUGUGUUAUUGAACUGCCAAUGGCCAACAAAACCAAUACCAAUCAAUGGACUUGAACCGGUUAAGGUCAUGCUGCUUGCAGAUGUCCAUUUAUUAGGUCCAGUCCACGGUCACUGGUUUGAUAAACUUCGACGCGAAUGGCAAAUGCAUCGAACGUUCCAGUCUGCAAUGACUCUGUUCCGUCCGGAAGUGGUUUUCAUUCUAGGGGAUAUCUUCGACGAGGGAAACUGGGUUAAUCAGAAAGAAUUUGAGGCGUACGUGGAUCGAUUCAGAAAACUGUUCCACACACCCACGGGGACUCAGUUGCACAGUGUUGUUGGUAAUCACGAUAUCGGAUUUCACUAUGCCACGCAUCCAUAUUUGGUGCAACGUUUCGAGAAGACUUUUAAUCACACCGGCGUGACAUUGAACAGUAUCCGGGGAGUAAAUUUUGUCACAAUUAAUUCAAUUGCUAUGGAAGGGGACGGAUGCCAACUGUGCGAAACAGCAGAAAAGGAACUGAGGGCGAUUUCGACUAUUUUUAAAUGUGGUCGUGGCAUUGGCCAAUGUAAAAACGUACCGAAAUUGGCAGAAUACAGUCAGCCGGUUGUAUUGCAACAUUUCCCGAUGUACCGGGAUUCGGAUAAAGACUGCAAUGAGCACGAUUCUCCGGAAAUUGAACUGUACCGGGAACGAUGGGAAGUGAUCUCGAAAGAAUCUACGGAUUUAAUCGGAGAACUUCUUGGUCCACGGUUAGCGUUCAGUGGUCAUUCGCACCACUAUUGCCACGUAGCUAAGAAUCGCCUGGGAAUCGAGGAAUAUACCUUACCCUCGUUCAGUUGGCGGAACAAGGAUAAUCCCAGUUUCAUUUUGGCUCAAAUUUCACUCUCGGAUUACACCGUUGCUCGCUGUCAGAUGCCAGUGGAAAGCACAAUCAUCAACAUCUACUUAGUGGGUGGAAUUGUGCUCGUACUAAGUUCAAUCCUGCGAUUAGGAGGGUUUUUGGCUCAAGUGAGAAUAUUUCCGCGAUCCCGUCGCGAGUACAAGAAACUCGUGGAAUAAGAAAAAAUAACCUAGGUUUGGCUCGUCAAACCAUUGUCAACAAACCGACUGUUCAGGACUUGUGAAGCUGAAAGGUUUCCAAUAUGUGAAGUUGCUGAGAGCAGACGUCAUACUUUUUUGCAGUCUGAACGUCUUUUAGCUGUAAUGUAACUAUGAUAGGCUACAGUUUAAAGUUAGUAGAUAUCGUUUUUUAAGGUAGGCUAAUCGUGUUUUAGAAUAACAUUUAAGGAUGAAAAAUACUUAAUAUGCAAGUUAAUAAAUAUAUAACAAUAUUAAAACCUA